UCCGCUUCUCACCGCUCCAGGAGCGAGUGAAGAAAAGAAAAAAAUCUGAAGAAGAUCUUGACAAUGGAUUUACUGCGAUCACCAUCAUCCUGCUGUGAAUGAUCACAUCUUUCUUUCUUUCUUUCUUUCUUUCUUUGCGGAGGUUCGGAAGCGUCGUGAGUCGAGAUGAUGGCAUCAAUAGGGGAAUUCGAUCCUCUCAACACCAGAGUCCCUGCAACUAAAAUAGAAGUUACCGUGUCGUGCCGGAGUCUACUGGAUGUGGACACAUUCUCCAAGUCAGAUCCUGUGGUCGUGUUGUACUUGCAGGGUGUGGGAACCAAAGAAUGGAGGGAGUUUGGUAGGACAGAGGUAAUCGAUAACACUCGGAAUCCAGAUUUUGUCAGGAAGUUUGUCCUGGAUUUCUUCUUCGAAGAGAAACAAAAUCUAAGGUUUGAUGUGUACAAUGUGGACUCCAGAAGCUGUAACAUUUCCAAACACGACUUUCUGGGCCAGACCUUUUGUACCCUUGGAGAAAUCAUCGGCUCCACAGGCGGUCGGCUGGAGAAGACCCUCUCGUGA